AUGUUUUCUUUAAGUAUGAAAACUAAAGGAGUUUUAACUCUAAUAGGAGGAUUUUUUGUCAUGCUUAUGACAGGCUCAAUCUUUUUAUGGGGAUCAAUAAAUGUUUAUGUUACAUCUUAUUUCAGGUAGAAAGAAGAUCACGAUUUAUCUCUUAGUGUUGGAGGAGCAGUUUUUCCUUUGAUGACCGCGUCUUUAGCCACUGGUAUUCCUUUAGGAAUUAAAGCUAUUAAAUUUUUUGGAUAAGCGAGAAUUAGUUUGCUGAUAAGUUCUGUGAUAGCCUCAUUGAUGGUAAUUCUUUCAAGCUACACUCAAAAAUUUUACUAAUUUGCUAUUGUUUAUGGGGUUUUAAAUGGGUUGGCUGCAGGCACUAUUUAUUUCGUUCCUAUCUAUAUGGGAUACUUACAUUUUCCUAAUAAUAAAGGCUUAGUAUCUGGCAUCAAUACCUGCGGAUUUGCGCUAUGUUCUUUCAUUUUCGGAUUGAUAUUUCCUUAGUUUGUCAAUCCUGAUGGACUGCAAUAAAACUCUAACAGCGAUGGAUAUUCUUAUUUUGAUGGGGAUUCCAUUUCAGUUGCUUAAAAUGUACCUGAAUCUCUCAGAAAAAUAGGUUACAUUUUCCUAAGUGUGUCGGUUGUUGCAUCAUAAAUGGUCUGCUACCAUCCAAAUUAAAUUGGAGAAGAAGAAAAGUAAAUUAAAAAAGAAAUAGAAAAGAAACAGAAAGAAAAAAAGUAUUUCCAAAAUCAUUUUGAUUUUAUUCAAAAGGAAAUAAAAGAAAUUCAAAGUGAAUAGUUUAAAAACUAAUAAUAAGAAUUAAAUUAGUAAACUGAUUGCUGUGAAGAUUAGAAAUUAGACCCAAUUAAUAAGCUAGAUCAACUCAGAAAAAGUUAAGAAAUUAUUACAAAAUAGUUAAAAAUAACUGAGAAGGAAGAAAUAAUAUUAUAAAAUUAAAUUUAAAUUACUCAUAAAAUUGAUGAGUAAGCUAUACUUCCUAGCAUAAAUUAGGAUAUUAUAAUUGAAAAAACAUAGUAAGUUCACAAAUUGGUAAGCUCAUCUUCAUUAAAAAAAGAGUAUGGAUUCAGUAAAAUAGCAGAGUUAAUAGAUUUGGAAGGUCAGAAUCAUAAUAAAGAGAUGCAUGUUAAUUUUUUUGUUACCUUGCCUGAUUAAAAGCUAAACGAAAUUGAAUAAGAUCUAGAAAACAAAGAAUAAGUUCUGGAAAAAGCCCUUUAAAUCACUUAAUAGGAAUAAGCGUAGCUUGAUCUGUUGGAUAAACAAGGAGCACCAUCAGUUUUGGCUGCACUCAAAUAGCCUAAAUUUUAUUUGUCUAUUUUCCUUUGUAUUCUUUGCCUAGGAUUUGGAGCUUUGAUCAAUGGAAACUACAAAUCUGUAGCAAAAGAUUAUGGGUUCAAAACAGAUAGUUUUUAGACUUUAGUAGGCUCGCUUGGAGGCAUAGCUAAUGGUAUUUCAAGACCUUUUUGGGCUACUUUGUUAGAUAAAUUUUAAUUUAAAAAAGUUCUUGCUGCAUUAGUUUGCAUUUAAAUUAUCGUAUGCUCAUCUUUUUAAGCUACAGAUUAAAGUAAGGAAUUCUUUGCUGUUUGGGUAUUUAUAGUUAAUGCAUGUUUCGGAGGUUUUUUGGCUAUGCUCCCUGUUUUUUCAGCUUAGAUUAAUGGAGUUAAAGUAGGUUCUUAGCUUUUUGGGUCUUAUUGGUAUGGAUUUAGCAUAGCAAAUUUAAUUCAGUUUUUCUUGGUCCUGAAACUAAAGGAAUAAAUAGGAUUUAACAAUAUUUUCUACAUUUAUUUAAUUUAGUUAAUUAUAGCACUAAUAAUUACUAUUUUCUGUUCAUUCAAAAUUAAAUGGUCUCAAAUCUUAUCAAAAGAAGUCAAAAUAUAAUAAAAUGGUGAAGAAAAUUUACAAACUACAAAAUAAAAUAAUAUUAUUCAAACUUGA